ACUUUCUACCGCCGAGCGACUUCAAAGUUCUUCAAUUUGCACACGAACCCGACUUCACCAGCUUCCUCUCUCAGUGGCGUUCCAAGUGGUGCCUGAUAUCGAACCACCAAACAUGUCACGGCAAGGUCGGCAGCCGCGCCGGAUCGUAGGCCCACAAUCGGCUCUGACUGAUUUCCUGGCGUCGCACAACAUCUCUGCUUAUCAGAUUCACCUGAAUGCCGAUGCUCGACGGAGAGCGGCUCGGGAUGAACAGGACGAGCAGGCUGAUGAGAACAACCAAAGUAAUGACCAGGCUUCAGAGGCUUCAGAGGCUUCCCCGGCCACAACUCCAGCUGUCACUGCCAGCACCGGGCCGACCACGCGGAGAAGACGCGCGGCAGCGGCAGCGGCACCCGCGCAAGAAGAGGAGGCACGGAAAAAAGAGAAAAAGGCCAUUGAUAAGAUCAAGGCUAGCAAGAAGUUUCAGAAGCGCAAGCGUGGGCUCGAGUCGGAAGACGAGGAUGAUCUUGCGCGCGCCCUCCUGCAGAGCUCUGCGCCGCUCCCCGGGCAGCAGGAGAACUGCGAGAGCUGUGGCAAGCGGUUCACUGUUACUGCGUAUAGUCGAAACGGGCCUAACGGGGGGUUGCUCUGCAGCCCGUGUAGCAAGGAGCUCGACAAAGACAACGCAGCGCAGAAGAAGAAACCGAAACGAGCUACCGGCGGGGCGGUUGGCCGACGCCGGCAGCUGCAGAGCAAUAUUCUGGACGGAACAUACUCGCUCGGCGCCAAGAGCUUAAUGACACUCUGCAUCGAGACUCUAGCGAAGAACAUCGAUCUUGCCGAAGACCUAGGUGACCUACCCUCGUCAAUUAUCGACAAGAUCGCCCGGAAACUUUCUAAGCACCGGCUCCUCGACUCAAGGACCUUGAGUCUCUUCUUGCAACCCACGGCCGAGGAAGUACGCAUCUACGACGGCGCCAAACUCAGCUCCGACGAUUUCAUCCGCAUAUUCCAGACUGUCCCGGGCCUCAAGAAGCUCAAGGUCCGCAAUGGGAUUCACUUCAAGGACCAAGUCCUGGACUUUCUCAUGACGCGCAACAUCGAGCUCGAGGACCUCUACCUCCACGGCGCCAAUCUUCUCUCCAAGGGAAAGUGGAAGGAGUACCUCCAAAAGAAGGGCCACGCCCUCCGCUCUCUACGCGUCUACUUCACCGACCUACACUUCGGCGACGAGGUGCUCGCGCUGCUGCCCACCACCUGCCCCUCGCUCACCCGGCUCAAGGUCUCCCACAACCAGGAAGUGACGGGGGCGGGCGUCGCAGCCAUCGGACAGAUUAGCACUCUCCGUCACCUCAGCCUAGACCUGCGCAACGAGGUGCACUCGGACAUAUACGUCGACGUGCUCAGCAAGAUCGGCGCGGGACUGGAAACCCUCUCCCUGACGCGGGUGCGCGAGGCCGACAACACGGUCCUCGACGCGAUCCACACGCACUGCCGGGCGCUGGCCAAGCUGCGCAUCACCGAGAGCGAGGAGGUGACGGACGCCGGCUUCGCCCGCCUCUUCCGCGGCUGGGCCAACCCGGGCCUGGUCGUCGUCGACUUGCAGAAGUGCCGCCACCUCGACUCGGCCCGCCCCCGCGACAACCCGGACGCCGUCGGCCUGUGCUCGGACGGCUUCCGCGCCCUCAUGGCCCACUCGGGCAAGACGCUGCGCGACCUCAAUGUCCACGGCUGCAGGCACAUUGCCGUCGGCGCGUUUGAGGACGUGUUUAGUAACCAGGCGGACGGGAAGGUGUACGAGGCGAUGGCCAAGCUGGAGAUCAGCUUCUGCGAGGAGGUCACGGAUUUCGUGGUCGGCUCUGUCUUCCGGAGCUGCCCGAACCUGAGGGAGCUGAAUGUGUUUGGGUGCAUGAAGGUCAGGGAUGUGAAGGUGCCGAGGGGGAAGAUCUUGGUGGGCGUGCCGAAUGCGAAGGGGAUGGUCAUUGAGGGGAUGGAUGAUUCUGAUGACGAUGAGGAAGUGUAGGUUGGGGGAACGCGAUGGUCAGACUAGGCAUGGUCUUUUCGACAAUGGUCCUUGCGUUUGGGAGGCAUUUGGAGGAGGGGGUCGACAUAUCAUCGACACCGGUGAUGUGAAGACAUGAAGGGAUGGCAAGUCAAGCACCGCCAGGUUGAUCCCUGGUAGCAACAGUAUG